AUGUGGGCAAGAAAUAAUGCGAUGAACAAGGAGUAUACAACGAAAUCAACAAUACAAACGAAAAAGACGUAUUAUCCAACGCCAAAACCACCAACGACACCAACGUCAGGAUAUACUUAUCCCACCCCGAAGACUCCACUAAUUAUUUCAACAAGUACGACGACUACCACCAGGAGACCACCAGUUAUUUCAACUUAUAUACCACCAAAAUCACCAACCACUAAGAUUAUUUAUGACACGACAACCCCGACCAUUCCAUCCAUAAGAACGACAAAGCAAACUUAUUUGCCACCAAAAUCACCAACCACUAAGAUUAUUUAUGAUACGACAACCCCGAAAAUUACAACGACUACUAAGCGUACCUCGCAGAGUACGACAAGAGCAACUUAUCUUCCACCAGACACGGGAACUCCGUUCGUUUCAAAGAGCACCUCGUCAUAUACACCAACUAUACCAACUCAUAGCACUAGACCUGAUCCUUAUCUCCCACCAUCAUCCGAAAAACCAACUUAUUCCACUAUAACUGCUCCUCCUUAUCCUACACCGCUGUACAGUAUAACGCCGAGCACACCAACGUACAAACCACCAACGGGAAAACCUGCCCCUACUCCUACUUUACCUCCGGUAACCUACAGACCAACAGGUUACAAUUACCCGAUCCCUGAUAUAUUCUUCGAUUUUCGUAAACGAUGA